AUGAAAUGCUGCACGAAUACACCAAACUACCAGAGGGUGAAGAGCUCCAAACUGUCCUCGAUGGGUUCAAGUAACUGCUGGGGGUUCCCACAGUGUGCUGGGGCUAUCGAUGGAAGCCAUAUCCCCAUCAUUGCUCCUGCUGAAAACCACACAGAUUACUUCAACCGAAAGGGAUGGCAUUCCAUGCUGCUGCAAGCAGUGGUGGACCACAGAUUUUGUUUCACAAACAUUAAUGUGGGGUGGCCAGGGAAAUCAGAAAUCUGUGACACGGGAGAAAGAGGAGUCCUUUUUCUAGACACCACAGAGGAGAUUGGAGGCACAGCAGUGCCCAUCAUGCUGGUGGGGGAUCCAGCAUACCCACUUCGGUCAUGGCUGAUGAAGGGCUACCCAGAGAUGGGAAAUGUGAAUGAAGACCAGCGUUACUUCAACAAGAGAUUAAGCAGGGCCAGAAUGUCUGUGGAGUGUGCCUUCGGGCGUUUAAAAGGUCAAUGGAGGUGCCUGGCAAAACAUCUUGAUGUAGACAUAACACUGGUCCCUACAGUCAUCUCUGCUUACUGCACUUUCCAUAACAUUUGCGAAAAACACAACGAGGCAUACACUGAAGAUCCCGAUGCAGCUGGGCCUUCUGACGUACCACCAGUGCCUGUUGACCAGUUGGGUGUUGCAGACAUCCAACCAUUAAGAGUGAGGGAGGCACUGGCCCAACAUUUUGCUCAACACCACUGAACUUAGGUGUCUUUAACUUCCCUUUACAUACAUAACUAGUAACUAACAAGGGAUGUAUUGAAUUGAUGUUAAUUGUGCUAUUACACAUACUAUAUUCUUUCUUCUUCUGAUCUCGGAAAAAAUAAAUAAAAAUAAUUGAUGAUU